UUGCGUCAAAACAUUGAAAAGAAAACUCGAUACUGACUCGGUUUUUUGCAAGAUAUUUUUUUUUAGACAUUUAUAACGAACGUUUCCUUUAUUUUUUGACGGAAAUUAUUAUUUAUACCUGGUUAAUUUUAAUUUAAGUACGUUACGUGGGUCAGUUUGUUACUAUGGAAACGAUAACUCACAAAUACUCUAGCAAGACAAGCAAGUGAGCUGAAUAUUUACCAGCCAACGGAAACAAACCGAAAGACCGAGAAGCUCGCUGGAAAUGGAGGAGCGUUUUGCCUUCCUGGCUGAGUGGUACGACCCCAGUGCUGCUCUCCUACGCCGCUACCAGCUCCUGUACUACCCUAAAGAUGGCUCUGUGGAGAUGUUUGAUGUGAAGAACCAGCGAACCUUUUUGAGAAGGACCAAAUAUGAUGACAUCCACCCAGAGGAUCUGUUUGUGGGGAACCGUGUUAUUGUCUUCUCUCGACAACUCAACCUUAUUGACUAUGGAGACCAGUACACAGCCAACAAACUGGGCAGCAAGAAAGAGAGGACAUUGGCUAUGAUUAAGCCAGAUGCAGUGACCAAAGUGGGCGACAUUAUUCAGAUGAUUUAUGAUGCCAGCCUUAUUGUCACAAAGGCCAAAAUGACGAAGCUAACGGGGAAGCAGGCAGCAGACUUUUACAUGGAACAUCAGUCAAAGUCUUUUUUCAAUAACCUGGUGCAGUUUGUGAGCUCUGGGCCUAUAAUUGUCAUGGAGCUAAUGGGAGACGAGGCCGUGUCUGUAUGGAGGAAAGUUCUGGGUCCUACUGACUCUGGUGUGGCACGCAAAGAUGUUCCAGCCAGCCUCCGUGCCCAGUUUGGAACAGAUGGCACCAAAAACGCAGGGCAUGGGUCAGACUCAUUGGCAUCUGCAGCACGGGAGUUGGAGUUCUUCUUUCCUUCAACGACAGGUCAUGGCCCUACCAAUACAGCCAAAUACCAAGACUCUACCUGUUGCAUCAUCAAACCACAUGCUGUCUCAGAGGCUCUGACCGGAAAGAUCCUCAGCUCAAUCACAGAAGCUGGAUUUGAGAUCUCUGCAUUACAAAUGUUCAACAUGGAUUGUGCAAAUACAGAGGAGUUUCUAGAAGUUUAUAAAGGUGUAGUCACAGAGUACACAAGUAUGGUGGCCGAGCUGUGUUCUGGACCCUGCAUGGCCCUUGAGAUUCACAGUACAGAUGCACCUAGAAAGUUCAGAGAAUUCUGUGGUCCAGCUGACCCGGAAAUUGCUCGUCAUUUGCGGCCCACGACUUUACGAGCUCUUUACGGCAAGAACAAAGUUCAGAACGCUGUCCACUGUACCGACCUUCCAGAGGACGGGUUACUGGAGGUCCAAUAUUUUUUCAAGAUCCUAGAUGGCUGACUGUAAAUAAAGUAAUUGCAAAUAAUUAAUUUGAUGGUUUGAAUAAAUUUUUUUUUAAAUAAUUAUAAUAAAAAAAGACAACAGUCUGGUUGGUUGUACAUUUAUUUGUUUAGGCCUCAUCUGUAUUAAAUAAAAUGACAAGAGCA